GACCUGUCUCUCUACAGUCGCACCUAAAUACCACCACCAGUCCACCACCACCCUCUUCUUAAUAAUACAAAAGCAAAAUUAAAUGGGAAAUAAAAACAAAAGGUGGUAGAUGCAUGAGACACAAAUACACACAACACUCUCUCUCUCUCUCUCUUCGCUCACCACCUUCCCUUCCUUAUAAAUCCCAAUCUUUUUUGCCUUUGCCAGGGAUUUUAAUUAAUUAACACCUGCCUCUAAUUCUCCGCGGCCUCUGUGCUCUGUGCUUCAACAACCGCCACCUUUUCUGCCUCCUCAGGUCUGAGUCAUGGUGACAGGUCUGAGUUACUCCAGUUCCUUAUAGCUUCUGUUGAGAUGAUUUGUGGUGGAAUAGGUGGUACAUGAGAAAGGCCAUCAAGUGAGUGUUGUGCUUCAAUAAUUAAGUUGAAAUAAACCAUGGUGAGCUUAAGAAGACGCAGACUCUUGGGGCUAUGCUCUGGGGUAAGUCCUGUUCUAGAUCCACUUCCUAGGCUUUGUGACAAUGGAACUGUUCCUCAAAAUUUUACUUGGACAAAUCCUGUCAGUGUGCAUCCCAUGCCUUCAAAUGAUGCAAAUCAGCCAGAUGGGAAUGCCAGCGUGAAAGUAGAAGCUCGGUCGCCAACUGCAUCUGGUUCUAGCUUAUCCAAAGAGCAGCAUGAUCAGCAAGUUGCAGGGCCACCAAUAAAACGCAGAAAGCGACAUCGGAGAAAGCAUUUCCAAAACCAAGAACCAUGUCUAAUGAGAGGUGUCUAUUUCAAAAAUAUGAAGUGGCAAGCAGCUAUAAAAGUUGACAAGAAACAAAUCCACUUGGGCACUGUUGGUUCACAAGAAGAGGCUGCUCGUUUGUAUGACAGGGCUGCUUUCAUGUGUGGGAGGGAACCAAAUUUCGAGCUUUCUGAAGAGGAGAAGCAAGAACUCAGGAAAUUCAAGUGGGAUGAGUUCUUGGCCAUGACUCGUCAUGCAAUCACCAACAAAAAACACAGGAGAAGGCCCGGGGCAGAGUCACACAAGAGGUCUGAGACUCCAUUGGAAAAUGGUGACUGGGAUGACAAAGAAGAAGUAGACAGUCUCUCGGCUUCAGAAGAUAUGGAGCAGGAUAUGUUAGGCUCUUGAAGAUAAUGGUUCAAGGAGAAUGCUUAAUUUUCUAUUUCUUAGCAGUUAAGUGCUAGCUGAUAGGCCUCCAUUUUUUAGUGUAUAAAGGCCCACAUUAGGGCAAAUGGUACAUUUUAUUGUCUCUUGAUAGGCAAAUGCUCCCAAUAAUUAGUCUCAGAUUAGAACCAUCAUUAGUCGCUAAUCGCUAGUGGUCAAAUAAACCCAUACAAAGCGAUAAUUAUAUUUUUCCGGUGGAAAUUUGCAACCUCUUUUAAGUUGUUAAUGCUUGAGAAACUUAUUUCAAGAUC